CUUCCCUCUACUGCGCUUCCGUGAAGUCCAUCCAUCUUCGCUCUGCCAAACACCAACGCGGCAGCCAGAGAUGGAGGCUACAGCGCGUAAAUCGUGGGAGCUGGACAACAAUGUCCAGCUGGCCGAUGCCAAGCGAGAUGCGCUGUACAACUACGACGCCGAUGCCCAAAAGGCUAUAGCAGCUGCUCAUCCAUGGACCAAAGAUCACAACUAUUUCAAAUACGUGAGGAUCAGCGCCGUUGCCCUGAUCAAGAUGACACUGCACGCCCGGUCUGGAGGAUCGCUUGAAGUCAUGGGCCUGAUGCAGGGCUACAUCGAUGGGGAAACCUUUGUGGUGACGGACGCUUUCCGACUACCUGUCGAAGGAACCGAGACGCGAGUAAAUGCACAGAACGAAGCGAACGAAUACCUGGUCGAAUACUUGGACCUGAGCCGUAAGCAGGGUAGGCAAGAGAACGUCGUUGGAUGGUAUCACAGUCAUCCGGGAUACGGGUGCUGGCUCAGCGGUAUUGACGUCGAGACGGAGGCAAUGCAGCAGAAAUUCCAGGAUCCCUUCUUGGCAGUAGUCAUCGACCCUGAUCGCACCAUCAGUGCCGGCAAGGUCGAGAUUGGAGCAUUCCGGACAUAUCCUGCAAACUACAAAGCAGACGGGGCUGGCGGGCAGACGUCCGAUGGAUUCCAAGCAGUCCCUCUCGACAAGGCUGCCGAAUUUGGUGCCCACUCAAGUCGAUACUACAGCCUCGAAGUCUCACAUUUCAAGAGCACCCUGGACUCCCACCUCUUGGAGCUGCUGUGGCACAAAUACUGGGUGCAGACACUCAGUCAGAGCCCGCUGCUGACAAACCGCGACUACGGCAACAAGCAAAUGCUGGAUUUGAGCUCCAAGAUUAAAGAAGCUACCUCCAACAUUAUGCGAUCCAGAGUUGCGUCUGCGAUGAUGCCUGGUGCAAGAGGAGCAGAUAAAGCGGUAGAGAAGCUUGCUCAAGAUGCAAAUUUGAUUGCGACCAAAGAGUUGUCUGGGUUGAUGGCGGCUCAGAUCAAGGCCAAAGUGUUUAACGAUUUGGGCACCGCAUCAAGGACAACACCGACGGGCGAAGCGGCCAGUUAAUGGUUUAGGGGCAUACUGCUAUGGUUACGUUUUACGUUAUGAUAGACAAACUACACAGGCGUUAUUUGAGCUAAAUACAUGGAUUGCUUGUUCUUUGCUUAUAACGACUGUGUAGAUUGGGGUGUUUUACGAGUACUAACCGUUUGUAGCCUUGCUAUACCACCCCGUUUAAGGUCCGGAUUGAUUUGUGAAGACUGCUUUUGGAACAGCAAACCAUGGUCUCAGAUGAGAUCUCUGUGGCCAGUUGUGGAGAGCG